AUGUUCUUAAAAAAGACAUUUGCUCACACGAAACUUAAAAAUUACGCCACCGCCUGGAGUUACGCGUUCACGCUCUGCCUUUGUAUGCUGUUGCGCGGUUGCAAUGCCGGCACCGAAAAUCUCACCAAUCUAUUUCCUUAUGCUCAUCAAGGAUCAACCGGAGCGGCAGUUGGUUCUGCUGCCUCAGCAGCAACAGUCAAAUCGCCUGUAUUCGCCUCAUCAUCAACCUCUUCCUCAUCAUUGCCUGCUUCGCCUUCUUCUUCUUUGCCUUCGAAUAACGCUAACGCGGGCACACGCACUAUUCUACGUAUCUACGAUGAGUGCACCCGCGCAGAGGGCGGCUUUGUGCCAUGCCUGAAGAAGAAGGCUAUCUCCUUCAUCGAUCGCAUAUCGCACAUUGACGCUAUCGCCGUAUCGGAUGGCAUUAAAUUGAUACGUUUGCCGAAUAGUGCAGUAAGUGCUGCCGCGCCACUGCAGCCGCUUUAUAGUGAAAAUGAGCUGGAGUCAUCGCUGUCACGUUCUAGCGAUGAUCGCGACACUAAGCUGACAAAUAUGCUCAUUGAGCGGCUGAGUUACUUCUUCAACGGGCAUACAUUGCAAGUGAAUUUUCCGAAAUUAACAGCCGAGGAAAUAGGACGAGGACUUGAAGAAGGUCGUGGCAAGAUGAAGAAGAUGAUGAGCAUGAUGAUGAUGGGCAUGGCUAUGAAAAUGGUCGGCAUGAUACCUGUGGCCAUGGGUAUGCUGUACAUGAUGGCCGGCAAGGCGCUCAUUGUCUCGAAGAUUGCCCUGCUGAUGGCGGGCAUGAUGGGCCUGAAGAAGCUAAUGUCUGGUCGCGGUGGUGGUAAUGGUGGCAAUUCGGGUUGGUCGUCUGGUGGUGGAGGUGGCUGGUCUUCGGGUGGUGGUGGCGGCUAUGAUCGACGCUCCCUAAAUGAGGUGCAUGAACUGGCUUAUCGUGGCUAUAGCAGCAAUCGACAGCCAAUUGGCGUAUACUCAUCGCAGCCGACGCAGCAGCAACUGGCACAGCAACAGCAACAGCAACAGCAGCACCUACAGAAACAGAAACAACCACAGCAGCAGCAGCAGCAACCGCUAUCAUUACAACAGCAACAACAAAAGCAGCAGGUGCAAAAGACAUAA